AUAAAAAUAAAAUAAAUAAAAUAAUAGCAAUAAGGCACCUCGGGCGUUUGUGGUAUAUGGCCUGUAUCCAGGCACUCGUUGUGCAUAAGAACCCCUUAGCCAUUGGCCAUAUACCACAUUAUUGCUUACAUACGCUAUUUUUAAACAUGUUAAAUAAAAAUAUUUGUUUUGUCUUACACUUUAGAAGUAGGUGGUUAAGGUCAGUAUAUUCUUAAUUUGUUUUUCUACACAAUGAACUGCUCAAGGAAGUGAAUAGUUACACACCAUCGUAAAAAAAAAGCUUUCAGUCCUCCACACCAAUGACCUCUCCUCCUUGACCGGUAGUUCGGCUUCUUCAAUAGGACGCACUUCACGGAAUGGAAAAUGACAGGUCUGGGAAUGCGCUUUGUUUCCGAAGCUUUCAAAUUGAGACAUGGAAAGAAACUGAGAAUAAUAGACGAGGAACCUCUCUCGAAACACUUCAAAUCUGUCUUUCUAUACAAGUAAGCAUAGGAUACAAAAGUGCAUUUAUUCAUUCAAAUAAACACCUAUAGUUGGCCUAAUCAUAGGUCUGGACUUUGAGCACAUUUUUAGGAUGGAGGUGAAUAACGUUUUUGACGGCUAGUUCAACCAACAAAAAAAAACAUUUAUUUGGCAUUUUUUGCUAUACCAUGUGAUUGUGCGAACGUCUGUAGAAUAAAGAAAAAUGUAGAGAAUGAAAUACCGGUAUGCCGAUAUUUUUUUUUACUAAUAAAGCCAGUCAGGCAGGGCAAAUUCAGAUCGCCUGUCUACGGGCUUGCAGACUACUGUAUACAGUGUUUUGCGAUGCACCUGUUUUGUUGGGGUAUGCUGAUCGACGCAGAGGUCCGCCCCGGUGCACUUGUCCUUUCAUUCUAAUUGGUCCGACAGGGUGUGUAUGCAAAUUUUUAGCGACCCCUGCACCUGACUCUCCACUCCACUGAAGAAUGCAAGGCAAAAGACAGCCUCCAAGAGCUAUUUAUUCAACAGGUCAUCCUACUAGCACUCACUUGUUACAUUAUUGCGGCGCUGCAGACUCAUUAAUAACUCAGAGCUAUAUGAUAAAGAUGCCAAGGUCGUUUCUGGUGAAGAAACAUCUCACUAAUAAGAAGCCAAACUAUGGAAUUCUGGAUUCAAAAGCAGACGAUCUCUACACCAGCCUGGUCCAGCCUGAGGUAGCCUGUUACAUCCCCAGCACUCCUCAGCCCCUGGAGGGUUGGCUGCCAGGGCCAAGUCUCAUCCCCACACCAGCCUCCAUGCACUUUCCACAGGUAGACAGGCUGCCUUCAAGGGACACCAGCUUGUCACUGCAUAGCUCAACACAGGAAAUCCUCUACCCCCUGUCAGUGUCUCACAACAAUCUGCUAAGAGACUCACACUCCGGACUUGAGCCCCUGGGAACCAUGGAACCCCAGACCUUCCUGCUCUCACAGGACUUCAGACACCUGGAGGAGAGGGGCAGCAUGCCUAAUCCCCUCAUGGGCCUUGUUCACUCUAGUGUUAGUCAGGAGCGCUUUGAAUGCUUCGACUGCCACAAAGCCUACUUCACCUUCUCUGGGCUGGCCAAGCACAGGCAGUUGCACUGUGAGUGGCAGUGUCACAAGUACUUCAGCUGCAAGUACUGUGACAAGGAGUACGUGAGUCUGGGAGCUCUGAAGAUGCACAUCCGAACACACACACUGCCCUGCGUCUGCAAGCUCUGUGGGAAGGCCUUCUCCAGGCCUUGGCUGCUCCAGGGACACAUUCGCACACAUACAGGUGAGAAGCCCUUCUCCUGCCCACACUGCAGCCGGGCGUUUGCUGACCGCUCCAACCUCCGAGCACACCUGCAGACACACUCUGACAUCAAGAAAUACCAGUGCAAGAGCUGCUCCAAAACCUUCUCCAGGAUAUCUCUGCUCUCCAAGCAUGAAGAGUCUGGCUGCUGCCCACAGUCCUGAUGCCAUUUACUGCCUGUGCUGCCCACUCUGAACCUGUUGCCUACUUGCCUAGGCUACGCCUGGUUCUACUAACAUCAGACUGCUGUGCCCUCACAACGCACUGGAGAAAGACUGCUAUUAGUGACACGGAGCUCUGACUACUGUAUGUUUUUGGUCUCUGACAUUUCAAGCUCAUGAAAUAUGGACUGUGUCCAAAGACGUUCUUAUGUCAUAUAUUUGAUAUAUGAAGUAGUUGUUUGACAAAAAAAAGAGAAAAGUUAUCGCAUGCUGCCAAAAAUACUUGAAAUUUAAAAGCCUUGAAGUUUUGAUUGUGUUAUUGAUGAUUACCCGUGCCUUUUGAGGAAAUGUAUAGCGGGAGUAUACAAUUUUGUAUGAACUUUGUUUGUUUAAAAACAAUAAAUACCUACUUUUGUA